UUGGCAGCAUAAAUAGUGGAUCAGAAUCAAUCUGUGAGACACACUGCCUGAUAAUACAGUUUAUUAUCCAGCUUUGAACACCGGCACAAUGACUGAUACACAGCAGAAUUGUGGAGGAUGGAGCAAAGUGGAGCCUGUCACUGACGAGGUGGAGAACAUCUGCAUUGAAGCAGGGAAGCAGGCUGGAGUCCAUUUUGAUGUUUUCAUUCCUAAAAUCUAUCAGUAUCAGAUUGUGGCAGGAAAAAACUAUCUGGUCAAGGUGAAGGUCUCAGAGGAUAAUAAGUACCUUCAUGUGAAGAUAUUUCAAGAUCUCCCCUGCAAUGGAGGGAAACUGACUGUGACUGGAGUCCAGUACCCUAAACUCUACAGUGACUCUCUGUCUGAUUAAACAGACACACAAAGAUAGAGGAACUAUUGAAAACUGUUUCAUUCCUCAUUAAACUCAAUAUUCAAACCCUCA